AAUGAAAGCUUGUGUCGGCGAAUGUCAACCAAAUACAAGUCAAGCAAACUAUUCUGAAGGAUUUUGGAGGAUAACAAGCAAAAUAAACGCGAAAAUUGAGGUAAGGAAACACUUAGAAUCUGUGCAUGCAAAUCGCCGAUCGCCGAACUCUGUGCCACAUGUUCUUGAAACGGCGACGAUUUCCUUCCCGUUUUGCCUUCGCUUCCCUUUUUGCCGUCAAAUUCUUGCUUAUUUUGAUGAAUUCUAUCAGCAAAUUCAUGUCUGCUUGUCUCUAACUCGAUAUUUUUUUGGGAAUCGAGGAAACAAAGCGUCUUAGUGAAGGAAACAUGGGGUCACGAGGUGACGCCAAGGGAUUACGCUAAUUAUGAUAAUCUAAUUAGCAUAAUUAUGACAGCGUGCAGAAAAAAAAUUGUAGAAAAUUUCUAGUCGCUCCAUAUUUUAGAACGAUUUUCGGGUUUUUUUGCUUAGAUAUUGAUGAAAAAAAAUUUCUUACCACUGAUCACCCAAAAUAAAGAUGUUUCCUAGCUAAAUGACAUUCUUUAAAAAAAUUUUAAUGCAAAAUAUGCAUUUUUAAUUUUUUUGUGGUGGAAUAUUAUGAGUUUCCUACGACCGAAAUAUAUUUUUUUCAAAAGGGUAUUCUUUUCCCUUUCCAAUGAGGUAUAGCUUGAUAUUGAACUGUAAAUAACACCAGAGAUAUGAUUUUUUAAAGUUACAUGGCAAAACACAUUAAAAUAAUUUGCUGAAGACAAUGAGUUUUAAUUAAUUAAAUUAAAGACGAGUGUAAGCCUGCUUUUAGCUACUGAAAACUGAAAGUGGAGUCAUAAAAGUGACGUCAGCAUAGUGACGGAAAUUUAGGCCCGUUUUCAAGACGAAUAGAUUCCGUAAUAGUUUUGUUACGUCCAACGCCCUCAAAACUUAAACGGUGUUCCCGAUAUAUAGCUUGAGAAGUUUCGAUUGCUUUUUAUCAAGUCGAUUUGGUUUUUUUAUUUUUUUUUAACAAAAUAAUCGCAAUUUUACUGUUACAGUUGUUGUGAUGUUGGAAACUGCCAAUAUAUCUGCUUUUUCUCAGCGCUGGGGUUUUAAUAAUUUCGUUUGGAUAUUGCAAGAAAGAGUCAUCGUCGCUUUUUUUCAUCGCCGUCAUCGCAGUCGUUUAAGAAAUUUACACUUCUGUGGCUUGUGACUCUGGCGAUAUGUGAGCGUACAAUGUUUGCUGUCUGUUGUUUUUCUUGCACUAUCAUGCAUUCGUGAACUUUUUUCUCACUUUAAACUUCAAGGCUAGUAUCAUUUACAGAUUCUUUUCAUUAUCGGUUACUUGCGGUUACUUAUGGUAUUUUCGCCCUUUGGUUUAGUUUGAACCAGAUGUUUGUCAUCAAGUUUUUGGUUUCAUUUGAUACUGAUCAGGUAGAAAGAACUACGGCACCAUCUCUACCCUUUUUUACCUGUUGUUUGUGGCAAAAAUUGAGCGGCGAAUCCGCGAUUGUGAUGAGCGGGAGAAAAAAAACCCUCUGGUCUCGGCAGUUACGAACCUCACUUCCAUGAGUACAGAUUUUGAACUUGGUCGCUGAUUGGUGUUUGAAUUUAGCCUGAGACCUUUCCGAGUGAUAAUGAUAACAAGAACUCUCAUUGGCCGAAUCUCUGGAAUGCUCCUGGGGAGCCCUAAAAACCGGUUUUUUGGCUCGAAGAAACUUCAAACAAAGAAAAAGGUGGACGAUGGUAGCGAAUUCUAGCGAGCCUUUUGUGGUGCAGUACAAUUUGCGUUGGAUAGUGGUUUUUCCAAUAUUCUUUCAAGAGUUGAAACCUGUCCAGGAAGAAGCCUCGCUCCACUUCAUCAAGCGAAAAGAUGUGUUUGCAGUGCUUCCAGCUGGAUGCGGGAAUUCUCUGAUCUUUCAAAUUGUUCCAAGGGUAUGUGCAUAUUUGCACGAUCGAGAGUUCAACUAUCCUAAAGCAGCCGUCUUAGUUGUCGUUUGCCCGUUGACCACCUUGAUUGAUGCACACAUAAUACAUCAGUCAAUUCCACCUGCGCCCAGCCUCCCUCCCCCCCCACGGGGCUGACCCCCUGGCAUUAGCAUUUUUUUUGGCCUUGGAUGGCAAAUUACCGGGGGUGGGGACUCUUGAGCUGUCAAAUUCCCCAGGGUGGGGACGAAAAAAGAGGGCAAAUGCCCCGUCCUCUGUCGACACUGCAACAUUUUUCAUUGAUUGCAAGUCAAAUAGUGCUGUUUUAAGCAUUUUAAUGUGCGAUUUUUUGGUUUAAUUAACGUCUUCCUUUGUAAUAGCGCGAGGAUUCUAAUUAAGACUUCACGCCGCGACGACAUGCACCAGUUUAGGGUUUUAGUAUUGGUAUAAAAUUAUUGACAUUAAAAUUAAUAGAGCGCUGUAAAGUUAUAUGUUAUGAAUAGUUUUAUAAAUAUGAAAGGAUGUUCUUCAAAUAAUAUCAACAGAAAUUUGAUUCAAUGACCAAAAAACGUCGAUUCACAUCGAUAGCUCCAAUUUCGCUAUGUAAUUCUGGCUUGAUAAGCAAUGAAGAAAUGAAUACAUACAUGUAAAAUUGAGAACAUGCCGUUACAACCCUCUACAAUUUAUUCCUGUCCUUUACAAAUGAGCCAAUCUGCUUGUCUUCCAGUAAAACCUUCCUUGUAGCUAUGUUCUGAUAGGAAACCGUGUGCGUGUCAAAAGCUCGGGAUUGGCCCAGGGGUUGGCAAAUGCCCGGCCCCCAGGCAAUGCAACAUUUGCAAAUGCCCCACCCCCGGGACUGACAAGGCAGGUAAGUGCCCCGCAGUUGCCCGGGGGGGUGGGGGGGGGGGAGCUGGGCGCAGGUGGAAUUGACUGAUGCAUAAAAGAGCUCAAAGAUCAUGCAAAACUUGCAAACACAAAAAUUAUUGCCGCUCAAUUCGCCGCAAAGAAAACUCGGAAAUUAUUCAUAGCCGUAAGCUUAUAGGUUCAUUCAAAGCGAUAUCAAUUUUUCCCACCUUAAUGGAAAAAGUAAUUCUCUUGGAUUUGUCAGGGACCACUAAGUGGUCGUUGACUUGAAGUUCUGGCGGUAACACAUUUUUUUUCUCAACACAUUAUUUUUUUUUUCUCAACACAUUUUUUGUCUCAACAAAGAUUUCGGCAGAACACUAACUUGGACGAGAGUUAAAUGUGGACUUCUUCCUGGCAGGACUGCUUGAAGUUGGCGAACGUUUGUGGCACCUUUACACCCUGUUCACGUGAGUUCCCUGUUCUGUCAUUUCUAUCUGCUCCUUGAGCAUCUGAUCAGCCUUCUCGGACGAAGAAGAGCUCUCCUUGUUGACGGGAAAUCCCAGCACAGAUGACAACUUUGCGGCUAUACUUUGUGCUCCUUGGAACGCACCCCGUCAAAUAAGUUGAACUUUCCAUAUCCAGAUAUUAUAUAUCAAAAUUUACAUUACACACACUGCAAAAAUUAUUUACACUGUAUACACUAUUUACAGACGUCAAUCUUUUCACCGGAGUUAUCGAAACACUGCUCACGAAAUUCGCCAUCCCUCAAUUUGACAGCAUUACCUGCUGUUUAACGCAUCACUGCCCCACGUGCAGGCAUGUCAAAUUACGUAAACAAACAGAUCCCACUAAAAACCGGUUUGGCAAGCUAUCUUGUUUCAAAAUUGCAUGGAAGUGAGGUUCGUAACUUCCGUGACCAGAGGGUUUUUUUCUCCCACUCGUCACGAUCCUGGCUUCGCCGCUCAAGUUUUGCCGCAAACAACAGGAAAAAAACUUCUGGCACUCAGGGUACACCAUCUUAUGUUAUAGUAGAGGUCUUCGCUCGACAAAAACACUUAAAGAGAGCAACAGGACACCUUUCUCCUGCAAUGGACAACAUACGUGGCUUGAAAUCCUAGUUGUUAUGAUGGAAAAAUAAUUGUAUCCUUGUUCAUUUAAAUGCCUGACAAGUGUAGUUGUCAUGGCUUGCAUGUGGUUGUCACCAUUUUUGUUCUUUUUUUACUUUAGCGAAGUCUGUUUUAAGUAACUUGUUUAGUUUCUCUGGCUCAUUUUCCUCGAUUUUGUUGACUGUAUUUUUCUUUUAGCACCACAUUUUCAAUUAAUUUGGCCCAAAAGACAUACUUUUUACUGUGUUCAGGUUUGGAAUAUUUUAAAAUGUUCUAUUGUUUUGCAUGCAAAAUCAAAUCGUCCUUUGCUGAAAACUGCGGCCAUUGUCUUACUGAAUAUUGUUGUCAAAACAGCUCUAAUAUGAUUGAUUCUCGUUGAUUUCUCUUGUUUUUUCAGCCAAUCAGAAAUCAUUUGUAAUGUGCACUCGUGUUACAAGAGAACUGCUCUCCUUUCUCAGCCAAUAAGAAUUGAUUAUUUUUUUUGUGUAUAUUAUUAAUUGACGAAUUAGAAAAACAACUGCCUGCCAAACAACUUAUAACAGCAACUUAUGACUUAUAGUUGAAAAAUAACAUAGAAUAAAGCACACAAGCACCAAUUAAUACUAAUAAUUUCCCGAGCCUAAAUUUAGACAAAAUGCAACUGAAACUAUUUACUAAUUUCACAAGUGCACCAUUUGAUUACCUUUUAAUAUCACGGGUGACAUUGCGCAAAAAUUAAACAGAAAAUUGUCAGCAACCAUGAUAUUGAGAAAUAAAAGUUCACGACGCUCUCAAAAAUUUGUUCAAAUAUCCUGAUAAUUUUACUCUUCUUCGACUUUCAUGCGAGGAUGCUGUUAAUAAUAUCCUCUAAAAAACUUAGCUGUGUUUUCUAAACUUCGCUUUCUUGUUUCAGUAACACAGCUGCAGAAGCUAUUAAAGUAAAGUUAUUUUCAUAGGGCAAUAAAUCUUAUUUUAAUAACUUUAGACAACCACCGAAAGCAGCUGAGAGCAUCAGUUCGGCACCAUGUACUGAUCUAUAACGACCCUAAUUUGUUACAUGUACGUAAAUCGUCAAAAAUGGCUUCUGGAUAUUGCGUGAAUAAGUGACGAUGAGAAAACUUCAGGAUGCUACAAAGGCAAUCUAGACGAGAGUUUUUCUACCGCUUGAGUUUGCUAUCAGCGUGGAUCAAAAACGCUCUUGACUUAUUUUUUUAUAAGUUGUGUCAAGAGUGAUAACUUUUUCUAACAUGUCAUAUGUCAUGCCAUCUCAUGCUUAAGCAACAGGAAUUUUUACCCAUGUAUAAAGUGACACUGAAACUGCAAUAAAAUUUUUUAUCUUAGAUAAAAAGCCUUAGUUAUGCUGUCAAAAUAUGAAUGCGUCAGUCAAUUGAAACCCCAACCCCCACGGCAUGGCGGGAGAUAGCGGGGAUUUAACACACAUUUAACAACGUGUUGUCCGCUGGGGGCGGUGGAAUUAACAAGAUGCUUGUCCCACCCGGGUCAUGAGCGGGGAUUUAAUAAGCACGCAUUUUCGGAAAAGGGAAUAGCAACGGGGAACUGUAUCCUUUUUCCGCAGAAACAGUUGUUUGAGGGCAUCAACUCCCUUUGAGAUUUGUGGAUUCUUUGAAGUCUCUAGAAGCUCUAUUAUUGUAUUUUUAAACCUCCCUGAGUGUGACAUGCAGUGUUCUGAUAAUUCUGAUAAGUGACAGGUAUUCUUAUAGGUACACGGAAAUGGAAGUGCAUGCAUGUAUAGGGAGGUAUAAACGCAGUAACUGUUCAAAAUAUAAAAGACAACAACAUUUGGACAUCCACAUCACCAUGUGAACAAAUUACAUUGUGCGGCUCCGAUUUCCUGUGCACCUCUCGUGAAGGAAGGUGGCCAGGGGAUACCCAGAUGCCAUUUCAAAAUAACCAGAAUUAGUUCCAUGGCACUGUUACAAAACAAGUCCCUGUUUCAGGUCUUAAGGGUGGAUUUCCUGACCCUGGUCUGAUGUGCGCAUAUCAUGAUCGAAUUUGAAUGUUGGUCAUAUAAAGAGGUCUAAUCUCACCGCAGUUGGUCAGUAUAGUUAAAUAUAUGGUUGAAUUUAAGAACAAGUACAGUUGAGACCAGCAAAUACUGUAAAUCCGAACUGAAUCGUGUUUAUUGUUUAUGAACCACUAACAAAAAUUAAUGUUUGGCCUGAGGAGCCGGGAAAUUAGCGGUGUUUUAACAAGCGGCCAAUGUUAAAUUCCCCACCAAGUCGCAGGGGUCGGGGGGCCGGAGUUCCAGUAGACUGAUGCAUAAUGUCAUGCUCUUUUAAAAAAGCUAUGUUUUAUCCGGAGAUUUAUAAAGUAAACAAGUUGCAACUGAAAAGAUACCAUUAUUUAACUUCGAAAUAUUUGUUGUGUUAUGCAUGUAUGCAGUUAUAUUUUGUUGUUGCAAAUGAUUAACAAGCUUUCUUAAACUAGCUGGAACUUUUUUCUAUUGUAGCACCACUUCGUUAAUCCCAAAGAAUUUAAUUUGGGAAGGGCGAAAUUUCGAAGUUACUUCCACCAAACUACAUUGAACAGCAUUGAACGUGUCAGGGGGGAAGCAAUGCGUCAUGCCUCCAACACACAGACUCGUCACAACGGUGCUCAUGCACAUUACAGGCCCAUUAAGCAAACUCAAAUAUAUUAUGUUAACUAGUAAUAACAAAAGGUUUCGGAGUGCAGGCGACAACGAUUGAAGGUCAAAAUCACUGUGCUUUGCGUACUAAGUUUCACGUGAGUGAUAGUCAAAACACGCAUAAUCAUAUUACGAGUGAUGGAAGGUCCAAACGCGCCUGAUCAUAUUGCGUUCUGUGCAUUCCAUUCAUUCUUAGUGGAAGUCCAAACCAAUGUUGGCUACAUAUAUGCAACGCAUGCGUAAUAGCAACCUGAAGAUUAAGAUUGCAGGCUCCUCUUGUCGCCUGCAAUAAAUUCCUACUUUUAACUGGUAAGGUAUUGAGAAUGCUCUGAACAACGAUUUAAAAAAGGAUGAUUGAGCUCAAAAUAAACAUAAGUAAAACAAUUGCUAGACAUUGGCUAGUUUAUGCCCAUGUGCUAUGCAAUGCAUUGAAUUUUAUGAUAAUUAUUAUGUUCAGGUGGAGUUAUGCUCCAUACUCCAUGUUGUACGCCUGUGUGUGUGGGUGAAUCUUUCGCAUUUAUACAAACAUAAUAAGCUAAAAUAUGAAAGAAACAGUGUUUUGGAGGAAACAUCAUGUGGUCUAAAAUCAGGCUUUGUUCACAUUAUACCGCAUACUAGCUUUUAAGCCGGCACGAAAUAUGGGUAGGGCUAGCCUUCUGUUCACAAAUAAGAACGGUUAUUUCGGAGAGAAAGGCUGUGAAUCAAGGGCUUAAGAAAUUUGUUGUGUCAUUGGCUGAGGAGGCAGAUCAUAUGAGACAACACAAGUAAGAAAGAUAACACCAAUGUAUCGCCACCAACUACAUCUACUCACAUUGCGGAAAAGACUACCACUUCCGCAUUUGACAGUGCAGCUACAGAAGACGCUGUCGAGUCCACCUUCAUCAGGGUGGAAAUCCAUAGCCUUCCACGACUGACGGAUGCUGCUACAGUGUAAGCUCUUGUGAGCGGACACCCUCGGCACGCGGAAAAGGUGUCCGACCACUUACGGGAUUGUUCAAAUACAAAGUUUGUAUGGGAGUUGGGAAAAAUGGGGCUUUGUGAAGGCGGUCGUCUGUAGAGCUGUCCGCUUACAAGAGUGUCCGUUAGGAGAGCUUCCACUGUAUUCACUUAAAAACAUGCCUAUACGUCUUCUUAACCUUUGCCUUUCCCUCGGCAGUUGCAGGGCAUAAGGGGAUGUUUAUUCCAGCAGAUAUAGUUAAACCUCUCUACAACAGCCACAUAAUGAUAAUAAUACAUGGUAAAAUAAGAAUUAUAUGAAAGAAGAUCAAAAAUUUUUUUUCAUGUUUUUUUUUGCAGCUGCAAAAGUUGCGUCUAUUACUGCGAUUAUCCUCUUUCAUAUAAUUAUUCACCCACAGUUCUCAUAUAUGAUUUUCAUUUAUUCAUAACUUCAUCAUUAUCCUUUCACGUUUUUAUAACGAACCAACUCAACGACCUGCUCCCAGUUGGCUUGUUAGUUCAGUUGGUAGAGUGCUGCACCGGUAUCGCAGAGGUCAAUGGUUCGAAUCCCGUAAAAGCCUGAAUUUUUUUCAGUCUUUCCAAGUUUAAAAAAAAAAGCUAAACGUGCUUACCUCCGUCAUUGUUAAAUAGUGCAUGUUUAUUGGGAAGUUUAGGAGAGAAAGGGCAGUUCAGGUCUGCAAAUAUACUCCAAAUAUCAGAUGUUGUCCAUUGAGUUGUCUUUUUGCUGUUCUUGCUAUAUGUUUUUAGACAAUAGUUUAAAAUGAAACUAGUAAAAUGUUCCACCAUUACUCACUUCGAAAACAACUCAAACUUGUCCCCAGGUCUUUUUGGUUAACAAGACAAUAAUCUGCAAUGUUGCUGCUUUUUUGACAUCAUCGGUUCAUUUCAAUAUAUGGAAAAAUUCUUCUAAGUUUGGUCAACAAAGGCUGGUUAUGAUGAAUUAUGCAUGUGAUUUUAGCCAUUCAGAAACGGAGAAAUAUUUUGAAUGAAUAAUACAUAUUAAUAUGGUCUUUGACUCUAUUUUUUCUAGUACUUGAAAAAUCCCGGACAAGCUACGCUGCUGGAGGCAUGACUGGACAGCAUCCUUUUAAUUUUAACCAAACUGGUUUAAACUUGUUACCUUCACUCGGGAGUCCAUUGGGAAAUCCCCAGCAGCUUUUGAGUCAGUUACAAGGGUUACGAGCUCCUCAGUCAAAUAUGGGUCUAGGAUCAUUUGGUCAAGAAAGUUAUGGAAGACAGAGAAUGCAAACCACUGAUGAUCGUUUCAGAAGGGAACUGCGUGACUUUAACCAUAGAGAGAGGUCCCUUAGAGAGCCAUACAUGAGAUCUCAGGGAAGGGACAAUUACUCUAGCGAGAUUCGUGAUAGAGUUCAUGGGCUGAUGGACAGGGAAGUUCUAGUAGAUUUCCUGUUCCCAGAGAUGGGCUCAAAAAGAAAUGAAGAGAAAUAUGGAAGGGAGAAUAAUGGAGAGGCAAAGUUAUGGUAUGCACAGCAGAGGCAGAUCGAGGUCACCUGUCCGAUCUAAGGGAGACAUAAGAGAUAGGCAAGUUAGUCCUAGCGACAGAAAGUAUGGAUCCCGAAAUGACUUAGCUGUUCCCUGGAAUGCAUUUCUUCGCCGCUAUUGUUAUCUUGUACCCCCCUUAGAUGACACCAAUGUUUUGGCAUUAAGUGGGAAACAACCAGGAUGUCGCGCAAUCUUCAUUGGUGGUCUUCCAAGCAUGGCUGACGAAGACAUUGUCAGGGAGAUUUUCAGUGUCUGUGGGCCUAUUGAACAGAUAAGCCUAAACAGUGUUCGAGCAAGUACACAAGUAAAACACUGCCAAUUGCGCUUUCUCAAUGACUCUGUUGAGAAGGCAGUCAAGUUCAAUGGUCAUGUACUGGUCAUUGGAGAUGGUUGCGACAGAAAAACAAAAAAUUGGUCGCAUUCAUGUUGAUUAUGACAAACUGCCUGGGGGUAGUGAAGAGGUGCAAAGUGGCAUGGUAGUCAAGGAGAAGGUGCAGCUGCCUCAAGAAAAGCAGAACAGGAUUUGAGCUUUGAGUUUACACGCAAACGGGCGUUCCAUCUUCUGGACCUGAUUCGUCAUGAUCAGGCCUUAACAGAGUCACUUGGUACUUUAACACAUUGGUUUGAAAGGGGAGAGUGUAACCGUUCUACAGUGAAUGUGUUCCAUCCAUUGCCUAACACUGUCAAUAGUCUGAUCAAAAGGUUGGUAAGCAGACGGAAGGAGCAUGAACAACGUGUAGAGAAACAGAAACAACAGGCUGUGGAAAGAGGCAAUGAAAUCAAACUGCAAUACACGUAAGUUAACUCUUUAAUGCUUAAUAUUUAAUGCAAUUUGACAAAUGUCUAAGUAAUCACUAUGCAGGCAUAAAAAUAAUGUAUGCAGGAGAUUUUCUAAUUCUAAUCAUGUUAUAUGCAAAGGUGUACCACAUCACAGCAGAUGUGCAAAUGUUCGCUUAUGUUGAAAUAUAAUCAAGGUGGGAGCGUUAAGUAAGUAAAAUUAAUAAUAAAAUAAUAAUAAUGAAGUUUGGGGUCAGCAGUUUUAAAGAUGGCACAUGGCAGCCAUUUUGAAAGCCUCCUUUCUUUUUGGGAAAGAGUUCCAGUCUCUGAUUUUACAUACAAUAAAACUGUGUUGGUAUUUGGUUGCUUGGAACAGACUUGAAUGAAUUCCUUAGGAUGGAAUUGCCUAGUGCUCUGUCGCCUUUUGAAUUGAGUAAUGCCACUUUCCUUCUUUUCUCGAGUUUCUCAGAAUUUUCGUGACAAUUCCAGGAGUGGUGCUAUAUUCGUUUUUAACAAAGCAUGCUGCUCGUCUCUGCUUACUCUCAAUGUCCUUCAUCUAUUUUUAAAUGAGGGGGUCCCAUGGGUAACAUCCAUAUUCAAUCAGAGGUCUUACUAAAGCAAGAUAGGCUUUCUCUUAAACAUUUUCUGUGCAAAUCUUAUUUAGAUUUGCUAAGCAUGGAAGAAGUAAACAACAAAAGUAACAUAUUUGCUCGUGUAAUUGAAAAGAGUAUAUUAAGUGAGAUUGUUUAUCUUGUCACUUGAUAAUGAUGCGACAUUAAACUUUGAAAUGUUUUGUACAUAUUUUUUUGCUAAUUAUUAUUCUUAUGUGUGUAAUGAAAUAAUCAUUAGUUUAUGGUUCUUAUGUUCUCCCAUUAGGUGAAGCUGUAUGCAGGGUUUUUGAAGCAGCAACGAAGCAGAAAGCAUGGGAUCAUUUCACAAAGGCACAAAGGAAGAACAUCACCCAGUGGCAUGGUGCCAUAAAAAAUGUAAGUGUACUCAGUACUUUACUGUUAUAAAGUUUAUUUUGCUGAAUCUCCCCAGGCUGCUCCAGUAAAGUUAGAUCAGAAGGCAAAAAAAUUGUUACAGUGGAACCUUGAUAUAACGAACCUUUGUAUAUGGAAGUCCUCAGUAUAACAAACGAUUUUCUUUACCCCAGUAAUAGUAAAGCAUGUGGAAGAGUACCUUGAUAUAACGAAACCUUGUGAUAGCGAAUAAAUUUUGCCAGUCCCUUGGCACUUUGUUAUAUUCAGGUUCCACUUUAUUGAGUAGGCAGCAAAAGAUUAGAUCAUAAUCCAUCCUUGGGGUACAUAUAUGUGGGAGAAGGGCUGCCCCAUCUUCCGUGAGGGAGUCCAGGCACCUCUCCUGGAGUAAUGUUAAUUUUGGCCACCCUGAAAAGUACAUAUUAGUGGAUUUUUAGUACGUGGCCAAGGAUAUAAUUUUGCCAUCAGAAUAGCACCUUUGUUUCAUGUUUUCCCCAUAUUCUCUAUAUUUUAUAUCAUAUUAUGUUUUUUUAAUCAAACAUAAGUGUUAAGACACAAAUACCGGUACAUCAGAUUCAUUACCUCUCUUUAAAUUAAUUUUCUGUGAGUAGCCAGCUCUUCUGUGAAAUGUAGAUGGGAAUUGAUUGGCUUUCUCGCACUGUUUCUGGAGAACUUUCUUAUUUACCCUUACAAAAUGUAAGUGCAAGAUUAUGAUUUUCUGCGUACAGUCAUCUGCCAUGUUAUCAGUUGCAGCCAUCAACCUUCAUUGCCUUUACUGUUAUUUAAACCGCUCAGAACAGGCCACUUCUAAAAAAACAGCAGCAACAACAAAUCUUUAAUUUCCUUUAAAAGUUAUCCAGCUUUUACACAAUGACAAUGUUACAUCAAUAGCAUGCCCAUUAAGCACUCGCAUAGAACAAUACAGUGAAACCCCGCCUUACGGCCACCUCAGUAAUACAGUCACCUUGUUAUUCAGCCACUUUUUUGGAUGCCUGGCAAAAUGGCCAUACAUUUUCUUGUAAUUCCCCUUGUUGACCGUACUAACAGGGUUCUACUGAAGAAUACAAAUUUAAGGGUUGAACCUAAUCACAGACUGUUUAAAUACCUGCAAUCGUUUUAGUUAAAGGCAUUUGUUUGUUGUAUCAAAUGUUGAUAGCAAGUGUUAACAUGUAUGUAUUGUUAGUUGCUUGAGAUAAUAUUCAUUCAGAUGAAGAGUUGAAAUGGUCAUUACUCCACAAUAUAUCUUGUUGCGUUUCUUUUUUCCGAAAUUUCCUAAGUGGACAAAAGGAAACACAGACCAUACCAAAAGCUCAGUUGUAGACUUUUCAUCAAAAAGCUAAUAUCUUAUAGCUGUCAUACAACUCUUGGCCAACCUCGUACAUCUUCAGGUCUUUCUAACUUUCCUUGUUGGGUAGGUUAAAGGUACUAGAAAUUCUAUGAUGCAUUCUUCAACCAAGACUCCUCCUUCUGUAGGUUUACAGCUGUAGUUCUAUUGAUCGCUUACCCAAGAACAUGAACAUUACCAACAUUUAGUUGUUGUUAAAAGAUAAGAAUCAUAAUAUCAGGGAGGUAAGGGUGGUGCAUUGCUGAGAGCACUCACCACUCACCAGUGUGGCCUGGGCUCAAAUCUCACAGUCAACUCCACAUGGGUUGUGUUAUGUACUCUUUCUUGCUCCAUGAGGUUGCUGGUUUCCCUCUCUCCUCAUUAAUCAAUAUUUUCAGAUUCCAUAUCAUUUGAGAGCAAGGAUGGCACAGUGCUGAGAGUGCUCACUUCCCACCAAUGUGACCUGGGUUCAAAUCCCGAUGUUGACGCCAUAUGUGGGUUGAGUUUGUUGUUGGUUCUCUUCCUUGCUCUGAGAGGUUUUUCUCUGGGAACUCUGGUUUUACCCUAUUCUCAAAAAACAACACUUCCAAAUUCCAAUUCGACCAGGAAUCAGGUUGGCCAAGAACCACUUUGUGGAUGUCCUGCCUCCAAAUCAUUAUUUAUUUAUUUACCAGUCUAGGAUACAUUAGGCAAAGAAGCACUUUAAGGAUGUGCUAUAACUAAAUGAUUAUUGAUUCAUCAUUUUAUUAAAUACCUUGCCACUUUUUAGGUUUUCAUUGGCAAGUGUUACAAAAUAAUGUGAACAUAUUUUCCCCCACCUCUCUUUGAUAAGUAUUAGUUACAUCUGUGCGUGUAUGGGUGAUAAGUUUGACUGUCUCCUUUGGUUUGUUAUUUGAAAGUUGCCAUGGUUAACACUUGCUGGAUUGUUACUUAAAACAAAGUACAUGCUCCUUGCAUUACACAGCAAUUUCCUAACUGGAGUCUGAUAGUCUGUGCAGAACACAAGAAACAGCCUUUAGUACCAAAUGAUUUCUUUCAGAAACUGAUGUUUCUCAGUUGUUUAGACUUUUAAGGUCUGUUGAAGGUUUGAUUGUUAUCACCACACACCCACAUUUUGGCAGUAACGUAGCAUGCUUCACUCAAGUGCCAUUUAUUUUUCCAGUGUGGCAAGUGUUCAUGGGGUGUAUUUACUUCCCACAGAGAAAAAAAAAUGUGACAUCCUUCAGUGAUUUUGUUAUCUCUAUGUGCUGCAUCCCUGAUGCAUAAAAAUCCCCAAAGACACAAAAUAAUUUGUGGUAUUCAUCCCAUAGGACGCAGAGAGAGAUCAAUUGAUCAAUCUAAAGAUGUUUUUCUAGAAUAUCCUGUUUGUGUGAUUUCUGUGCCUGUGCUGUUCUUGUGGCUGUUGUUAAACGACUCAUUUCUUUUAGUCUUUGUUGUGCUUUACAAUAGAAGGAGUAUUGUACAGUACCGCAAGUGAUCCCCAACCGCAAAUGAUCCCGAGACCGCAAAUGAUCCCCAAAAUGGACCGCAAAUGAUCCUCGACCGCAAGUGAUCCCCAAAGUUGACCGCAAAUGAUCCCGUGAAAACUUGAGGAAUGGAAUGGAUUUUAUGGGACUGAUUACAAAAAAGGACUGAUUAUAAAAAAGGAACCUUUUUCUUGCACCUUCUAAAGAAAAAGGGAAGGAGGACGCUACAUCUCAGGUCAAUUUAUACAAGGCGAAAACAAAAGUAGAAUAAAUCUGAAGAGGAUAUGGUAUCAACCGUAUACUUCUUCCUUUGUCAAUUGCUUCAAUUUUCUCUCAAGAACUGUUUCGUCGCUGAAAAUUUAAGACAGGCAGGACGUUACGCAGAAAAAACUCUAUUAUUUUAACGCCCAAGCUCAACUUGUCUACUGACGAAUACAAAGCCGGGCACCCUCUACAUAUCUUUUCAGAAGCGUCGAAUUAAUUUUCAGAAUAUUUAGUUUUGAUUUUUCUCUGAAGUGUAAAUUUUACGUGAUAAACAGCAAGACAUUGGUUAGUAACUUAUGAGUGCCCCAGGCCUGGCAGUGCCCGUUAAAAAACAAGACGUGAUUUGAAAUAAACACACGUCAAAAUGCCACCGAACUUAUCGAUGUCCACAGUUUUCGGUUAAUUUUGAAAGAGCAACUUGCCUACAGCUCAUGAACAUGUUGCGAAUAGUUAUAUUGACGCUUAUAUGUAUAUCCAUUUUUUUGCCUUUGCUGUAGACAGUUACCAGGAAUCUAAUUCUGGUAAUGAGAAACGCAAAAGCGAGGCAAGCGGUAGUUAUCGCGUGACAAAACAUCGUAGGAACCGUCACAUUCACGGACUAAAAGAAAGUCGCUUAUAAUUGUUCGGAUCCAUGAGGCACUUAAAAGAAAAUUGAAAAACCUAAAACCCUUAUUUAGCCGGAACGAGAAGCAUUGCAUUUCAAAAGAGGUGAAAGAAAUGCUCUUGCAUUGAGUAACGCUCCGGCUACAAGCGAUAGCGAGAACAAUAGGGCCGCGGCAACAAUCACGCCGACCACAAACAACAAUAACCGCAGAAAAUGCGUGUCAUGACCUCUCAGUAUGAAAUAAGCGGCAAAAAUCACAUUUGCUCAGUCAAAACGUUUUCCUUCAGGUGUAAUCUACCCGCCAGAGAAAAAAAUUCAUUAGAACAAGCAGCAUUUUGGCAUGAGCUAAAAGUCGUGUGUUGCCUACCGACUUGGUUUUACACUUGAAUGAUUUUUUUCAUUUAGUUUUUUUUCAUGUAUAUACGUAUUUAUUUAAGAACUGAAAUUUAGCGUUUAAUCUUACUUUUUGUAUUAAUAAUAAAAUCGUCACGACGAUCCGCUAACUCGAGUCUAAGCCAUUCCUAUUUUUCUUUCGGGAUCAUUUGCGGUCGUCUUUGGGGAUCACUUGCGGUCGAGGAUCAUUUGCGGUCCAUUUUGGGGAUCAUUUGCGGUCUCGGGAUCAUUUGCGGUUGGGGAUCAUUUGCGGUACUGUACAGUAUAUUGCUGUAAUUUGGAGUUUUGGAGUCUGUCUUCAGAUUAACUGUGUGGUUACAAAAGGCCCUGGGACUCAUCGUUUUUUGAACUGGGGCUCAUUGGUUCUGGACUGGGACUCAUAAUUUUUCACAAGAUGAGUCCCGGGACUCACCAUAACUAUUAUUUUGUAACGGAAUCACUGAUCCUUUCCAGUCUAACCCCAUCCCUUCAAAACCAUUCGAGUGCAAAAAAGUAGCACAUCACUGUUUAAGUGGUCAUUCUGUAGAGUAUGACCAUCCAAUAACUGCUGUGGCUACAUUCCCUCACUCCUUGAGUGAAUUGGAAGACUGUGAAGGUAAGUCAAUAGCAGUUCUCACUGUUAUCAUUGUGUGCCGUCCCCAGGAGAUCAAAUCAGCCAAAGAGGCUGAGAUCGAGAACCGUGUCGAGGUAGGUAUGGAUCUGGAUGAUGAAGUGCCAACGCUUGGCGGGCUUAUCGAGCAACCUGCACUGCAGACAUCAGAAGAGGCGGAAAACCAACAGGAUCAAGAGGAAGAUCAAACAAGCCUACUGACGACAAAAGCCAAGAAGCGGCGAGUGGAAGCUUCAGGUACUGUGUCAUUACACCACAGGCAUCUAUAAAUACAAAUUUACUCCUAAAGGUGGGUGAGUUAAUUAUGCACAGUGAAAACCCUUUGAUUGGUAACGGGAUGGAAUUCGAUGUGCUGCCGUUAAGAAGCUGUUAGCAAUAUGCCUGGUCUCUCUUUGACCAAGAGGACUGUUCCUGAUAUACAAUAUCACUUGUUUGAAGCUGGUUGUAAGAGAUUCAACUCUGUUGGUCUUUCUGUUGAACCAGGUACGUUUUUCCAGCUUCUUCCCCUCAAGGGUUACGUGAACGUACAAUAUGAAGCUGCUCUUGUGAGCUAAGUUUUUUGAUCAGCUGGAAGCUUAAUACUGAUGCUCACUCAAGCAAAAUUGGUCUGAUCAUGCCGGUAGUCGGAGUUAAGGACAAUUUAAACUACUUUUAUAGCUCAAUGCUGCAGUUAUUGUCACUAAGUACAGGUUCAAUGAGAACGUGACUAGAGCUCUUAUUUUUCUGUAGCUUCCGUCGGAAUCUUCACUAGACACAUGUGAUGAGCGCAGAGCAAAAUUUAUUUCAGUAGUCGAUUAAUCACGUUUUCAAAACCCUCAUCAUGUCAUUUUUUUCUUGAUAUCCUUCUAUUUUGUCUUGAUUGUAACUUGCAAAGUCAUCUUGGCUACCGCCCUUAGGAAGUAAUAAGUCAGUAGAAGUAACAUAUCUUAACAGUUAAGUGUCAACUCUUCUGUGUAAUCUGUCAGUGGAUAUAUCUGUUAGCCUUUGAGCUUUAACCCUCUCUCAUUACAGACGCUAUCAUUUUCUGAUUUUCCCUUACCGAAUCAAUAGAUGGCACUGCCUUAAUUGGAUUUACACUCCACAUUUUGUAACCUUUAGUUAGGGGACAACCUGCAUGAGACGGAAACAAGUUAUAAUCUUAACUCCCACUCGACAAUGUAUUUGUAUCCCAAGAUGAGACCCUCGAUCAUGGUCCAUCUUCUCCCUUAUUCUUCCCUAGGAAACAUGUAGAAGCAGGUAAAGAGAAUUAGGAUGUUGACAUCAGGGACACCGGCCGUUAGAAGACCCCCUAAGCGGUUUACGGUUGGUUCGCCAAUGAGUCGUUUCGCCAACGUCCUGUUCGCUAACUUCUGAAGUCGUUUCGCUUAUGUGUUGGGGCAGUACCUUAACUGCUUUUACCUGAUCAGUGGCUGAAAGAACGAAGUAUAUACAUGCGUAUAACAUUUUGUUUGUGUCAUGGCUAAGAGAACGAAGCAUAUACAAGGCGAAGCGUUCGUUUCCCUUCUUAGCGAAACAACAUAAGACAUUAGCGAGCGGGACGUUGGCGAAACGACUCGUGACACGUAGGCGAAACAACCGGCCACCCUCUAAGCUACGGCUCGAACCACAGGCAAAUGCUAAAUAUUUGUUAACUUUAUUACAAGUGCAGUCAUUGAGUCGUCGUACUUCUUCCCUCAUUAGAGACCUUUAGAUUCAAGGACGAGAACGACUACGAGUGCGAGAUUUGACUUCAAGUUUUUUCACGUAUUCUCAAAAUAUAGACUCCCCGGAAAGCUUCAUUUUACCAUUUUUCACUAGAAAAGUUAGCACCGUUACCUUUAGUGAAGGAGGUUGCACCCUGAACUGAUUGCAAAAUAAUAAAACUUUUAACAUUUGAUAACUUGUUUCCGCAACUUCGACAUUCUCGCUAAAACUCGUAGUAGAGUGACGACGGCUACCACGUUUUCCCGCCAAAAUGACGCUGGUUCACGCGGGUGCAGUACUUAGUAUUGAGAAAAGCUCGUACUCGUAGCCGUACUCGUCUUAGAAUCUAAAGGUCUCUAUUCAUUUGCAUUUAAAAUGUGGUAUCUGCUACAGAGAAUUGAGGUUUUAACAGUAGGGAUUAAAAGGUUUAUUAAUUGUAUUUAUCCUGUAGAAUCUGAUGCUGACUCAGCGGAUUCCCUGAGGUUAGAGAAUGAAAAACUGCGAACGCAAGUUGAGAGUUUGAAGGCAAUUGCUGAACAAAACACAAGUUUGAUGUGGUCCAUGCAGAGUUAUCAGUACCAGGCAGAGGAGAUAAGACAGCAGUACAACAACAUGAUAGCAGCUAAAGAUUAUGAAGUAUGGAAACCCUGCAUGAAAAUUCUUAGUCUUUGAAGGGUCUGAACCCAUUCAUUUUUGUGCUAAAUAAAACUAUGGCACCUUGCAAGGAGCGCCUCCUUUUGUCUUGUUGAUUGAGAAGGAGGGUAACUGGUCAAGUCGCCCGAAAGUUAUCUCGCCUCAAACCAGAAUUAAGUCGCCCGAAAUGCUGAGUCAUGUCGCCCGAAUUUUAUCAGGUGAAGUGCAUAGAGAAACAAAGUGAAUUUUUGUGAAAUAAAGAGUGUGUGUAACAUAUCUCGUUCUUUAAACCAUCAUUAGACGAAACAAGCGGAAUGAAUGUGUAACAUACCUCGCUCUUUAAGUGAUGAUGAGACGAAACAGGUGAUAUAUUAAGAUUAUGUGUAAUAUCUCUCGCUCUUUAACCAUUGAUGAACAACGAAACAAGCGCGAUAAAUGAGUAAUAUAUCUCGUUCUUUAAUCUUCGAUGGGACGAAACAAGCGCGAUAAAUGUGUAAUGGGAAUGCUAUAGGAUGUUGUUGAGCGUGAUAAGAUUUCGAGCCACCUAAUUCAGCAUUUCGAGCGACUUGACUAAAAUUGUCGGGCGACAUAACUCUGAUUUCGGGCGAGAUUACUUCGGGCGACUUGACCGGGAGGAGAAGAGGACUCUCUGCCUGAAUCGCGUCAAGCCUUUGAAGUCACAGCAACCCGGAUUUCUGGACUAGUCAAUCUUGUUUUCUCUCGUCAAACUGGUUUUUUAAUGCAAGCAUCCAUUUGUUGAUAAAAUUGCUGGUCAUAACUGAGCCCGCCUUACUAAGCGCAUGGCUCUUAGGCCUGGAUUGGAAACUUUAUCCAACCAGUAUGCAGGUCUCGAUUCAUGGAGUCUUUCUCGAGUACAGCAAUAUUGAUCGAACAAGCGAAAGAAAGGCUCUGCUGGCUGGUUGAAACUAUCUUUUAAGGCUAGUAGAAUCCAUUUUCGCCACCCUCUGAACUGAGCGCGAACUACUGUAACUAUUCAAAGCAUAAUAGAAAACACCCAAGCACGGCAAAUUUUUAUAACAUAAUUGAUUUUAGCUGAUUUUAGGGAAAUAAAACUCUAAAUACAUAAAAAAAUACGAGGUAUUUUUUUUAGAUGAAAGCUGUAUUAGGCAUAUGGGCAGUUACACGGUAUCCACAGUAGAAGUAAUUAUGAAAUUUACCUUUUUUCCGUUCCUGUUAGAUAUUUAGUCUGACGAAAGCUCUGAAAGAUGCGAAUAUCCUCAAUGAUCCAAAGGUAGUGUAAACGCAUUGAUAUCCUGUCCUUUUGUUUGAACCCUUCAAGCUCCAAGGAUGAUAGCCAUUAAAUUUAUCCUGGUUUGUAAUCCAGAAAAGACAUCGCAAUAUAGGACGUAACCAUACAAGAUGGAUUCUCUUGACGUGUUUUCAGCAACUUGUGUUUACUACUUUUUCGUUUUCGUUGUCUUCUCUCUUAGAGGUCAUAGGAAUAAAGUCAUAAUUACGGUCAUCUCGUCCGAAGUUAUGUCGCCCGUAACCAGAAUUAUGUUCAAAACUCAAGUGAAACCGUUUUUUGACCAAGAGUUAAGGCAAUGGAUAAUCGUGUUCAUUGCGCUUUUUCCAGUAGCAAUUUGUUGUUGUUGUCGCUGUUUAUUUACAUUUUUUAGCAACGGUUUUUUAACUACGGCAAGUUUAGGUCAGUUUAUGGUAGAGCGCUGGUCCAUUUGGCGGGAGUUCGUAGGUUCGACUCCCGGGGUUGGACCAAACCUCAGCUAAACCUCACAAUCUUCACAAAGGCGAUUCGAUUCCCCACCUCCUUCCCAGCUCAUCUUGUUUGUAGGCUCGUUCUCAAAACAAACGAAAUAAAACUUUAUAAGAAUGCAAGACUUUUCUUCUGAUUUUCAGAGAGCGAUGGCUGAGUUCGAAAUUCUAGUUGACCUGGGCAAGGAUACCCAUCAUGUCACAGACAUGGACCUCGAUACAGAAGAACUCACAGAUGAUAACGAAAACGGCAACGAGAACAGCAAGCUUCGGAUGCUGGAUGAAAUGGGUGGAAUGGAAGAGUUUACAGAGAAAAGCGCAGAAAAUGGAACUGGUGUGGAUCCUGCAGAUGGUAGUGGAGGUUUGCAGAGUGACAGUUUGGGUACAGAGCUGGUGGAAGUUAGCAACAGUAAAGAACUUUGUCUUGAAAGUUAUCCUGUGCAGGAGGUACCAGUGAAAGAGGGUGAUAUUGGGUACCCUGUUGAAAGUGAAAACGUAGACAUUGAAACAGAAGAAAAGGGGAUCAAAGAGGAAGUGGCAGAUGAGAGGCUUGAUGAAGGUAAGGUGGCAGAUGACAAAAAGAGCAAUCAAGCUGAGGAAGACAUAAACACCGAGGGGAAGGCGGAGGUAUUUGUCGAAGAUGAGAAGAGCCACGAGGAAGAUGCGGAAAAACAAACCAGUCAGGAAGAGAAAGAAACUGAAAAAAUGAAAGAAGUGAAAGAUGACAACGUAGAAGAAGAAGGGAGUGGCCGCUUUGUGGAGAUCGAUGACGAGCAGUUUGAAGUGAUUGAUGACAUGGAUGAGGAAGACAGCGAUGAUGAUUACAAAGAAAUUACGGCUGUGAGCAGUUCUCUGCAGGUCUUUGAUAACAGCGCCCAGAAAGUUCAAGACAAUGAAAAGGCUGAGUAUAUGAACAGUGACCGUGCAAACGAACAGCUUACGAGUGAUUCAGCUAAUUACGCUGAGCAUGACUCUAGUACCCAAGAAAAAACGCAACAAAGCGAAGAUGAUUACAAAGAAGUCAACGCGCAGCAGCAGGUCACCACCGACUCAUCAAAUUACCAACUAAAUUACGAUUCCCAGUAUCAAGCCUGGCUCUCAGCAGCUGUGAACAGCCGUGCAUCUAUGAAUUACGGACCCAACCAGGUGCGCAUCUCCGGGGAGGAGCUCGUACUUGUUGGUAUUAUAUGUUCCUACCUCCAGCUUUGCCCCGCAGGAGCUACAAGUGGUGAGAUACGAGAUUACCUGUCGAGGCAGUUCAAGGAGCGAAGAAGGGAUGUGGUAGAUAGAUUGCUUUGCAGCUUGCCUGUUUUGUUCAAGGCAGAGGAUGCUAGUGGAAAUGCCAAGUGGAAGUUCUGUGGAUUAGAGAAGUUGGCUGAGGCAAAAGGCGAGAGCUGAAGAAACGUACAGAGACACCAAGCAGACAUGGCUGCUGUUCAUGCAUAUGUCGUAUCUGAUAGCAACUUAAGACGGAAUCCACCAGGACUUUGAGUAAUUUUGAUUUUCAGUGGACAAAAAUCUUGUACCAGAAUAAUUUAAGCAUACUGCAUUCAUUUGUACAUUUUUCAAGGGCUAAAGAUGUAAUAAAACAUCCGUAGUAACACCAAAAGAAAUUUAUUAUGGGAGCACCAAAUUACAUCUUACACGUGAAAUUUUCAGAAUUUUACCUUUGUAAUCACAAUUCUUGUGAAAUUUGACGUUCAUAUUCUCGGACUUCCAUGAGAAAUUUUCUUUGGUGUUACUACAGAUGAUUUAUUACAUCUUUAGUCCUUGAAAAAUGUACAAAUGAAUGCAAUAUUGUUUGAAUUAUUCUGGUACAAGGUUUUUGUCCACUAAAAAUUAAAAUUGCUCAAAUUCCUGAUGGAUUCCGUCUUACUCUCUUGUGGUGCUUACGGUAUAUAGGUCCGUACUGUGUACAAACUGCGUAAAGCCUGUAGCAUCAUUUGCAUGUAGUGUUGUUUAUUAAGGCGAACGAGGUUUUUGAGCUUGUGAUACAUGUGAUUAACACGAGGUUAUUCUGCCUGUUAUUUUGCCGC